UAUUAGGAAAGAAGAGCGAGUGGCGCAGCUCGGCUCUCUCUCACUAUCUUUGCGCAGAGAUGCCACUGUCCAGGAGAAGCCUCGGCUUCGGCUUGCUGGCUCUUCAGAUUAUUCUUAUUAUUUUCCUCUCACAGACGCGACGGGCGCAGGCGCAGCAUUGUAUCUGGUAUGGAGAGUGCAGCAAUUCAACGAUACUGCCAGAAAAGAAGUACAACUGUAACUACACAGGACCUCCUAAACCCUUACCCAAGGAUGGACAGGGCCUCUUACAGGAACUCUGCCCGGGUUUGGUUUAUGGAAACCAGAGUGUGUGCUGUGACACCCAGCAGCUGAAAACACUUCACAGCAACAUCCAGCUUCCUCUGCAGUACCUGUCCAGGUGUCCAGCAUGUUUCUUCAACUUCAUGACCCUGUUCUGCGAGCUGACCUGCAGCCCUCACCAGAGCCAGUUCCUUAAUGCCACCGAGUUCUCCUCUGACCCCGUAGACAACAGAACCAAUGUGGUGAAGCUUUCUUACUACAUCAGCAACAUGUUUGCUAAUGCAAUGUACAAUGCAUGCAAGGACGUGGAGGCUCCCUCCAGCAAUGUUAAGGCUCUCAGUCUGCUGUGUGGGAGAGAUGCCAGCCAGUGCAACCCCACCAACUGGAUCCAGUACAUGUUUGACAUUAAGAACGGCCAGGUCCCCUUUGCCAUCGAUCCUGUAUUUGAAGAUGAUCCAGUCUCUGGCAUGACCCCCAUGGGUAACCAUACGUUUGACUGCACGGAGCCUCUGGAUGACGGCUCGGGGCCGUGCUCAUGUCAAGACUGCAGCAAAGCCUGUGGCCCGAAACCUGUACCUCCCCCUACCCCCCCUCCCUGGACCAUUUUAGGCCUGGAUGCCAUGAACAUCAUCAUGUGGAGCUCCUACAUGGCCUUCCUCUUCGUGUUCAUCACAGCCCUGCUUGGAGCGUGGUGCUGCAGAAAGAGGACCAUCACGUCUGAAUAUGGGCCCAUCCAAGACAGUAACCAGCCCCAUUCACUGAAUGACUCUGUUAAAUUAUCCAGUCAGGUGACCUGUUGUGAAUCUCUGCGUGAGAAUUUCGCGAACGCCCUCCACUACGUAUUCAGCCUAUGGGGUUCAUUCUGCGUGCGGCAGCCCCUGCUGGUGAUCAUGCUCAGCAUGGUGUUGGUUGCGGCUUGCUCUACGGGUCUGAUGCACAUGCGUGUCACCACGAACCCCGUGGACCUGUGGUCGGCCCCCCACAGCGAGGCUAGGCAGGAGAAGGACUACUUUGACCAGCACUUCGGACCUUUCUUCCGCACAGAGCAGCUCAUCAUCACCACACCCUGGACAGAGUGGUUCAAACUGGUGUCCACGACCGGACCUGACAUUCUCUUCGCUCCAAUACUGAACAUAUCUCUGCUUCAACAGGUUCUGGAUCUCCAGACUGACAUAGAGAACCUGGAGGCGGAAUAUAAAGGGCAGAAGGUGACGCUGAAGGACAUCUGCGUAUCCCCCCUGGCACCGUACAACAACAACUGCACCAUUCUGAGCGUCCUGAAUUACUUCCAGAACAGCCAUGAAGUCCUGAAUCACACAUUUGCUGAUGAGUUCUUCAUAUACGCGGAUUACCACACACACUUCUUGUAUUGUGUGAGUUCUCCAGUAGCCCUUGAUGAUAUGGGUCAUUUCCAUGACCCCUGCAUGGGUACUUUUGGGGGCCCUGUAUUCCCGUGGCUAGUCCUUGGAGGUUAUGAAGGAACGGCCUACAACAAUGCCACUGCUCUUGUGAUCACCUUUCCUGUCAACAACUACCUCAAUGACACAGACAAACUGGGCAAAGUUCUCGCUUGGGAGAAAGAGUUCAUCAGCUUUAUGAAGAACUACAGCAACCCAAACCUCACCAUCUCCUUCAGCUCAGAACGAAGCAUUGAGGAUGAGAUAGAUCGCGAAAGCAACAGUGAUGUGGGAACCAUCAUCAUUAGCUAUGUCAUCAUGUUCGUCUACGUGUCCAUGGCGCUGGGCAACAUCCACAGCUUCCGCAGAUUACUGGUGGACUCUAAGAUUUCUCUGGGAAUAGCGGGGAUCCUGAUCGUUCUGAGCUCGGUGGCCUGCUCUUUGGGGAUCUACAGCUAUGCUGGUGUGCCCCUCACCCUCAUUGUCAUUGAAGUCAUUCCCUUUCUUGUGCUCGCUGUGGGGGUGGACAACAUCUUCAUUAUGGUGCAGGCCGUUCAGAGAGAUGAGCGGAUGCAGCAUGAAGAGCUGCACCAACAGAUAGGCCGUGUCCUUGGAGACGUGGCCCCCAGCAUGCUCCUCUCCUCCAUCUCUGAGACUGUGGCCUUCUUCUUAGGAUCUCUCUCUCACAUGCCGGCAGUGAAGACGUUCUCUUUCUUCGCUGCGCUGGCCAUCCUCAUUGACUUCCUUUUGCAGAUCAGCUGCUUUGUCUCUCUGUUGGGUCUCGACAUGAAGAGGCAGGAGAGAAAUCGCUUGGACAUUCUGUGCUGCAUUAAGCUGCCUGAAGGGCAGCAAGAGAAAACUGAAGGCUUGCUCUUUCGCUUCUUUAAGAAAGUCUUUGCUCCAUUCGUUUUGAAGGAGUGGGUGCGCCCCCUUGUGGUUGCUCUGUUCGUGGGCAUGCUCUCCUUCAGCAUAGCGGUCACUGACAAGGUAGAGAUUGGACUGGAUCAAAGGCUGUCCAUGCCAGAUGACUCAUACGUUUUAGACUAUUUUGGAAAUCUGACCGAGUACCUCCACACGGGGCCCCCUGUCUACUUUGUGGUGCGGGAAGGCCAUGAUUACCGCACCUCAUAUGGCCAAAACCAAGUGUGUGGUGGAGUGGGGUGCAACAACGACUCUCUCGUCCAGCAGGUCUACACAGCCUCCCUCAUGAGCGACUACUCCAAGAUCAGCACAACGCCCUCCUCCUGGUUGGAUGACUACUUUGACUGGGUGAAGCCUCAAUCGACCUGCUGCCGAUACUACAAUGCCACUGGAGCCUUCUGCAACGCCUCAGUGGUGGAUCCUUCCUGUGUGCGCUGCAGGCCUAUGACUCCUAGUGGCAAACAGAGGCCUAAUGGCACCGAGUUCAUGAAGUUCCUUCCAAUGUUCCUGUCUGAUAACCCCAACAUCAAGUGUGGAAAAGGAGGUCAUGCUGCAUACAGUACUGCUGUGGUACUGAAGGAUAAUAACACCAAUGUGGGGGCCACCUACUUCAUGAGCUACCACACCAUCCUGAAGACAUCUUCUGACUUCAUUGACGCCAUAAAGAUUGCUCGGGAACUGGCUUACAAUAUCUCUGUUUCCAUGGGGCUAGAGAACAAAACCCACUUUGUCUUCCCCUACAGUGUGUUCUAUGUGUUCUACGAACAGUACCUCAGCAUCGCCCACGACACGGCACUUAACCUCUCUAUGUGUUUGGUGGCUAUCUUUGUGGUCACCACAGUACUCCUGGGCUUCGAGCUGUGGUCAGCCGUGCUGGUAUCGCUCACCAUCGCAAUGAUCGUGGUCAACAUGUUUGGAGUCAUGUGGCUGUGGGGCAUCAGCCUCAACGCCAUCUCCCUUGUAAACCUGGUCAUGAGCUGUGGUAUAUCAGUUGAGUUCUGCAGUCACAUCGUGAGGGCGUUCUCCAUCAGUACUAAGAGCACCCGGGUGGAGCGGGCUGAGGAGGCUCUGGCACACAUGGGCAGCUCUGUGUUCAGUGGCAUCAUGCUAACCAAGUUUGGUGGGAUUCUGAUCCUGGCCCUGUCCAAAUCCCAGAUCUUCCAAGUCUUCUACUUCCGCAUGUAUUUGGCCAUCGUGCUGCUGGGAGCGACUCAUGGCCUCAUCUUUCUGCCUGUGCUCCUUAGCUAUGCAGGCCCAUCGGUUAAUAAAGCUAAAGUGAUGACCACCCGCAGCAGGUUCUCCGGAACCGAGCGUGAGCGUCUGCUUAAUGACUAGCUGCUUUGGGGAAGCUGGAACACCAAACCACAAGGGAUUGCGCGGGUACAAUGACCUCACAUGGCCACACACACUAACACGCACACCUCAGCUAAGAGACCCUAACUCAGGACCCCUGUUUGGGAGUGAAAAAAAAAAAUAGUAAUAAUACUGUGUGAUCUUCCACACUGGGAACUAGUGUUCAUCCUGGGUUUUUAGCAUUGGCUGUUUUUUUUUUGUUUUUUUUUUGUUUGCAGGACGUGCGACAGAAGCUGCAUUCACUUUUGAAUAAGCACACUAACGUGCGUUCUUGCGAGUGAAACAGUUCCAGACUCUUAGUAUGCAAAACUAUAAGCUUGAAUACCAUUUUAUACAUACAGCCAUGUAGUAAACAUAUAAUGCCAGCCAGAAAUCUAUUAAUAUUUUUUUUUGUACUCGUAUAAGAAAAUGCAUCUCAAAUGACUAAAUUAUUUAUUUGUGUGAACAUUUAUAUUUUGUUGGUAUAACUGCAUUAGAAUGUAAUGAAUUGUCAAAAGAGCAUUUAACGUCAGAGCGGUUAAUGCACUUCUGCGAAUUUCCAUGAAGUCUUAUGUUGAUACUUUAAAUGACAGUACAUGAAGAGUGAACUCUACUCACAGGGUGUUGGCAGACUUAUUCUGUUGGGGGAGAUUUAUUCACUAAUGUUUUGGGAUUUUUUCUACUUAACUGUUGUUUACUCAUGUACAGAAGUGUUGUCGAAAGGAAAUGGCAAGAAAGGAACAACUGGUGCUCCUUCAAAGGGGUCCGCGUCCUAAACUGAGCAGUUUUCUUUUCAAAAGUGGGUCAUUUUAGCCCGGUGUGGCACUGGACUUCAAUCCAUGGUUUCAUGAUUUGGCCUAUUUUUAGCUCGGUCACUGUGCAGUGCUGGGUCUAUACCUCAGUGGAAUGUAGUAGGAGAAAUUUAGGGUUAAUGUUAAUCUAAAUGGGUUGAAUCUGAGCAACUGUAACCUGUUUACGAGGCAUCCAGAGUGGCUAAUCUAGCAGCCAGCUUAUAAACGCUGCAGGACAAAGUGAAUCAAUUAUAUAAACAUGCAUGUUCUACACAACCAAGAACAGCUUGUGGCCACCUGUGGUUGUGUCUAUGUAUUUUUUUUUUUUUUUUUUUUUUUUUUUUUUUUUUUUUGGUUAUUAUUAUUAUUAAUCCUGUGUAAUUUAGCAUGGAAUACCAUGGAGCACAUUGUUGUUCUUAGCAUUGAAUCACAAAGUGUUCUGCGAGGAGAUCUGAGGUUUGAGGUGUUUUGAAAAAUAUGACUUACUGGCACAACAAAGGGUGGAAGUUUUUUAAACCAUUUUAAUGUCGAAAUUUGUAACCGUUGUUCAUGUCUGCAUUCCAUGGUGGAGAAUACGGUCUGAUAUGUGUAUGAAUAUUUUUUUUUUUGGAAUAAAAGAGUGCUACUAAUUUGUAA